UUUUCUUGAAAGGCAGCCAACUGUGCGAUCGAGACUUUUUCACGUUCCAAAUCAUUUACAGUAGUAAGUUACACAGCACUCCGCUGAUUGCGUCCAGUACCAACACGGACGUAUUCUUGCACCGUUUUCAUAGACCGGGUUUUGACUACCAGCCCGGUUCCAACAUCUCCAAUGUACCACCCCCAUUGGCCACCGUCGUCGUACUAUCCACCACCACCGCCGCCGACGGCUCCUGUUACCGCUCCACCCGAUUCCGUUAUCAUCGCCAAGGUUUGUUUUCAAAUCGAUGAUGAAGAAAAGGACAAGAACUUUGUCCCCUUGAUUCGCGUUGCCGUCCAAGCCAAUCGCAAUGGGCGAAUCGUUACGGUUAGUGAAGUUUUGCGUCAAACGGUUGAAUCGGAAGGCUCUUGGAUAGCAAGACUCGCCCAGUGCGCAAAAACGUCACCAUCUACCAGCGCGAGUAGUAGUACCGGAGCUGGUGCCGUUUGGAUUGACUACGGGUGCGGAUACGCUACGCUCGUCUUAUUCAAAAGAAGUGAUGAAAUACCCCCUACUAUUGCUAAUCUGCCGGUGGAUCGCUCAUCUAUUCCACGCGUUGGUGUGGACGCCGUCGUGGCUCCGUUGGAUACGGACGAAACCGCCCGUAUACAGAACUAUGGAAAAGUGUUGUCCAGCGACCCCUUGUGGGAACACUUGGCCGCGGCUGCUGUGGAACCCAAUCCGCAACCACAAGCUGUCUUUGUACACGUUGACCGGCGCGCCAACAGCGGUAACAGUCGUGCGCCCUCUCUAUUGGAAACAAGUGGCUCAGCGAAUAACCAUCCUACUGACCGUCAACAUGUCCUUCUUUUGUCGUUUCGGGAGGAUCACACUUACGAGAUGACCCGGUCGGAGGAAAUGGAGACGAAAUUGCUAGAAGGUCGGUCGUUGCCACUCGAAGAUAGCAAUCGCUCCCCAUCGUUGAAAGCCAAGGUCGCAAGAAGCAAAAGCAUCACUCAGGACCUUAUGGGGUCGUCUGCAACUGUGUCGAAAGCCAAGGCUCCAGCACCUUCCAAGAAAACCGUAGCCACCAAGAAGCCAAAGUUAGCAACCCUUUCCACACCACCUUCUACCACUGGCGCCGACUCAAAACUGAAAAAUGUAAAACCUUCUAGAGCCACGAAAGCCUCUGAUCCCAAAUCAUUGCUAAAAGACAAUAUCAUAAAGAGGAAACCCUUUUCUGCCACCGCGGAUUCCAAGCGAGUCCGCCCCCGGAUUUCUGUUGACCUCUCUUCGAGCAAAAGCAGCGGUCCCGAAGCAAAACCUGCUACCGGUAACAAAGCGGGACGGCGGAUCUUGCCCUUCAAUCCAAAGGAAUACAUUUUGCUGGCCAAAGCAUACGAUGAAAUUUUGACGGCCGAUGAUCUGAAAAUCGAUGCUUCCAAGUACACGAAAAAAGACAUGCGAGAGGCUUCCAAGAUUAUGAGGCACGCCCAAGACGAAAUGUCCGCCCGAGGGGAAUCCAACUCCCAUGAUUCUACAUCUCCUUCCGAGUCCGACUACAAAAUCAAUUCGAACAGCGGCAAAAGCAAGAACACAGGGGCGACUUACCCUACCUACUUCAAUGCCAAAGAAUGCUUGCUCCUCGCGAAAGCUUUUGAAGACACGCUCACGGACAAGGAUUUGCGAAUGGAUGCUUCGAAGGUCACCAAAAAAGACGUGGAAAAGGCUAGGAAAAUGCUUCUAGAAAUGAACCAAGGUCUCCGCCAGCACGGAUCAGCGGCCGGAGAACCCACGAAGGACCGGUAUGUUACGACACCGGCGAUCCCCAUGGCCGCGCCCAAACUUCAGGUUACUGACGGUGGGUCCUACAACUCCCGAAAGGAAAACAGCACUAACAAAAAAUCCUUAUUGCGACAGCCGGCAAUUCCGGGGAGGCAUGGGGCUGGUAGCUUCACAAAGAGCACGUCCAGUGACGGACAUGAAUCACCUUAUCCAAUGAAAGUCGAAGAGAGCGUUGAGGGUACCGAGAAUGACGACAACAGUCUAGCCAGAGGAACGAAAUCUCCCGCAAAAAAGGAGAAAAAGAAACGAGCCCGCUCGGAAUCCGCGACAGCGGCGGCAGCCGUUUCGAAAGACAACUUAUCUGCUGAACAUAUACUGGCGAAAGAGCUACCAGCUGACUUUGGCACACCAAAUAAGAAGAAACACCGUUUGAAGCAAGGCACCUGA